GUUCUUCAACCGCUUCUCGCUGUCCAUCUUCCCAAUUCCCAACUACAUUCAUCACCUAAUCAUUUGUUAAACCCCAGAUCUUGCUUCAAAUUCUUCAUCCGAUUAAACUAUGGAUUCAUCGGACGAUGAAGGAGAGGAGUAUUUGUUCAAAGUCGUCAUCAUCGGAGACUCGGCGGUCGGAAAAUCAAAUCUGUUAUCUCGAUACGCUCGGAAUGAGUUCAAUAUGCACUCCAAGGCCACCAUCGGAGUUGAGUUUCAAACUCAGAGCAUGGAAAUCGACGGUAAGGAGGUUAAGGCUCAGAUUUGGGAUACUGCAGGUCAGGAACGCUUCCGUGCCGUCACCUCCGCUUACUACCGCGGCGCCGUUGGCGCCCUAAUUGUUUAUGAUAUCUCCCGCGGCACCACAUUCGAUAGUGUUUCCCGGUGGCUCGAGGAACUCAAUACUCAUUCGGAGACAACGGUGGCAAGAAUGUUGGUCGGAAACAAAUGCGAUUUGGACAACAUCAGGGGUGUAUCGGUGGAAGAUGGCAAAAAACUUGCAGAGAAAAAUGGAUUGUUCUUCAUGGAAACGUCGGCACUCGAUUCAACAAACGUCAAAAUGGCUUUCGAGAUGGUGAUUAAGGAGAUCUAUAACAAUGUUAGUCGGAAAGUUUUGAAUUCGGAUUCGUAUAAAGCCGAGUUAUCUGUAAACAGGGUAACCCUUGCAAACAAUGGUGAUGCUGGAUCCAAACAAGAUCGAAGCAGAUACUCUUGUUGUUCAUGAUUACCAAAUAAUCCGUUAUUAUUAUUUUUUUUCAUUAUUAUUUUUUCA